CAAGGGAGCCUAACCUUCCCCACAACUCAUGUUGUUGAGCUCGUGCUUUUGUCGAUCGCGAAGGGUCCGAUGUGCAGGAUGUCAUCGAGGCAUUUGCGUGUGGCUACCGGAGUUUGUUAGAUCGGCAACCACCACAACAACAACAACCAUGCCGGAGUGUGCUUGAGAUCGGUGGUGGUGGCGGAAGUGGAACAAGGAAGAGUGCCUAGGGUUUGACGGACGGACAGACAGACAGACACAGGAUUGGGGUUUGGAGCAGGGGUGAAUUUUCUUGAGGUUUUUGUUUGUUUGUUUGUUGGUUGGUUCGUGGAGUUGGUGUAGGGGGAAGUUGCGAUGGCGCAGCGAAGAGCGAUGCUGGUAUUUGUGGUGCUGGCGCUGUGUUGUUUAGAUGCUGUGGAGGUGGAUGCUAGUGGCUCCAACCACAAGUACGCCACUGGAGAUCCCGUGCCGCUGUAUGCGAACAAAGUUGGUCCCUUCCACAACCCGAGUGAGACCUACAAGUAUUUCGAUCUGCCUUUCUGCCAUCCCGUAGGUGAGGUUACCGAGAAAAGGGAGGCUCUUGGCGAGGUUCUCAACGGCGACCGCAUGGUGGAAGCUUUGUAUGAGUUGAGGUUUAGAGUGGACAAGGAAAUGAAGACCCUCUGUGAAAAGACACUUACAAAGGAUGACAUCAAAAAGUUUCAAGAUGCUGUGAAGAACGAUUAUUUUUUCGAAAUGUAUUAUGAUGACUUGCCCAUCUGGGGGUACGUUGGCAAGAAAGAGGAUUCAGGGCAGGAUGUUAAGUAUUUUUUGUACACUCACGUUCAUUUUGAAAUCCUCUACAACCAAGAUCGAGUCAUUGAGAUCAAUGUCGGGUUCGAUCCUAUGUACACCGUGGACAUCACGGAAUCUAAGGAGCAGACAGUAAAGUUCACUUACUCUGCAAAAUGGAAGGUAACUGACAAAUUAUUCAGCCAACGUAUGGAAAAGUACUCGAAAUCUUCAUUUAUGCCACAGCACCUAGAGAUCCACUGGUUCUCAAUCAUCAACUCGUGUGUUACUGUCCUUCUACUCACCGGUUUCCUUGCGACAAUUCUGAUGCGCGUACUCAAGAAUGAUUUCAUCAAGUAUUCUCGUGAUGAAGAGGCUGCUGAUGAGCAAGAAGAGACAGGGUGGAAGUACAUUCAUGGGGAUGUGUUCAGAUUCCCACCUUACAAGUCCCUUUUCUGCGCCGUUCUUGGAAGUGGAGCACAGCUUCUUGCUUUGGCUAUCUUCAUCUUCAUGCUUGCCUUGGUUGGAGUAUUUUACCCGUACAAUCGUGGGGCUCUUUACACGGCGCUUGUUAUGAUAUACGCACUGACAUCAGGCAUUGCUGGGUACACAGCUGCUUCUUUCUACAAGCAGCUUGAAGGCGUUAAUUGGGUUAGGAACAUUCUCUACACUGGAGGAUUGUUUUGUGGACCAUUGUUUCUCACAUUUUCGUUUUUGAAUACAGUUGCUAUCUUUUACAAUGCAACUGCAGCCCUCCCAUUCGGCACAAUUUGCGUUAUUUUCCUAAUAUGGACGCUCAUCACGGCCCCUUUGCUGGUCUUGGGUGGGAUAGCUGGGAAAAACAGCAAAGCUGAAUUUCAAGCCCCCACCAGGACUACAAAGUUUCCCAGGGAAAUCCCGCCUCUGCCUUGGUAUCGUUAUACUGUUCCUCAAAUGGCCAUGGCCGGCUUCUUGCCAUUCAGUGCUAUUUACAUUGAGCUGUACUAUAUUUUCGCCAGCGUGUGGGGGCAUAAGGUGUACACCAUCUACAGUAUUCUAUUUAUCGUUUUCAUCAUCCUGAUAAUUGUGACGGCUUUCAUCACUAUUGCGUUGACCUACUUCCAGCUUGCCGUCGAAGACCACGAGUGGUGGUGGAGGGCCGUCUUAUGCGGGGGCUCCACUGGAGUGUUUAUUUAUGGAUACUGCUUCUACUACUACUAUGCGCGGUCAGACAUGAGUGGAUUUAUGCAAACGUCGUUCUUCUUCGGCUACAUGGCUUGCAUUUGCUUCGGCUUUUUUCUCAUGCUGGGCAGUGUAGGAUUCCGCGCGUCACACUUAUUUGUCCGGCACAUUUACCAAUCGAUCAAAUGCGAGUGAUAUCCUCGCUGUGUUGAUAUUGUCUUACUGAUCAAAGUUUCUGUGCCCUUAUGCACGUUGAUGUGUAUGACAAAUGUAUCAUGCUGAGAUCCGUUUGUUAAUUUGUCAGCACGUUCACUUGAGGUUUACAUUGGUGAUUAACAUAGUGUCGAGUCACUUUAUUCCUUCAGGAAUGUUUUUGAUAGUUAAGUUCAAAUUUUCAUUUCAAGGGUGAGGGGAUCACAAAUAGUUCAAUGGUUAAAUUAUGUUGCACUGAUGGUGUUUUAGGAAUUUUUAGGGAUUGAUGGAGUUAAAAUGGUUAAUUAGAAGGUUAAAUUUAUCUAGUACUCAAUGGUCAAGACAAGUCAAGUCUAUCUAGAAUGAAGUGAAAUUAUGGAGUCAAUUUCAAUCACCAUAUCAAAUAGCAUGUGUGGAUGUGCAUAUGACUCGAAGUUUGAGCCUUA